AUAUAUUGUUUACUACUACUAUGCCAUAUUUAAUCCCAGUGGUAAUAGAGUAUUUUGUUUGUAGCCUUAGUUGAACAAGAACAAAUUUUUUGUGCAGAAAGAGAGGAUAUUUCUAAAUUGCGGUGUUAAGUUUGUUUCGGAGCCGAAGAAGAAAAAGAUUCCAAGUGCUGAAGACCAAAGAAAGCUGAAACCGCUGGAUUGAUAUAGAAAAACCAUGGCAGGUGGAGGUGGAGGAAGUUCAAGGCAGCUUGACCAGACACCCACAUGGGCUGUGGCUGGUGUUUGUGCUGUCAUCAUCCUCAUUUCCAUUGCCUUGGAGAAACUUCUCCACAAAAUUGGAACUGUGAUGUUAACGGAUAGGCACAAGAAAGCUCUUUAUGAAGCUUUGGAGAAGGUAAAAAAUGAGUUGAUGAUUCUCGGUUUUAUCUCACUACUUCUCGUAUUCAGUCAGUAUUACAUCAAAAUCUGUGUACCUUCUGGUGUUGCUGACUCUAUGCUGCCCUGUCGUGCACGUGACAAAGUUGCUACUAAAAAUGAUGGACAUCGUCGGAGGCUUAUAGGGUACGAGCGUAGAGUUCUGGCUGCUGGUGCUAAAGAGCCUUCUUGCAAGCAGGGGCGAGUACCACUGAUAUCUGUUGAUGGACUGCAUCAGUUACACAUCCUCAUAUUCUUUUUAGCUGUCUUUCACGUGAUAUAUAGUGCUGUCACAAUGGCUCUAGGAAGACUCAAGAUUCGUGGUUGGAAGGAUUGGGAGCAGGAGACUUCAUCGCAUCAUUAUGAAUUUUCAAAUGAUCCUACAAGAUUUAGGCUUACUCAUGAAACAUCUUUCGUGAGAGCACACACCAGUUUCUGGACCAGUAUACCGAUCUUCUUUUACGUUGGCUGCUUUGUCAGACAGUUUUUCCACUCCGUCAGUAAAUCUGACUAUUUGACAUUGCGCAAUGGAUUUAUUAGUGUUCAUUUAGCUCCUGGAAGUAAAUUUAACUUUCAAAAGUACAUAAAGAGGUCAUUAGAGGAUGAUUUCAAGACUGUGGUGGGAGUCAGUCCAGUGUUAUGGGCGUCUUUUGUGGUUUUCUUGCUCUUAAAUGUCAGUGGUUGGAAAGCCUUGUUCUGGGCAUCCCUAAUUCCUGUGGUUAUAAUCUUAGCAGUUGGGACGAAGCUUCAAGCUAUUUUGACAAGGAUGGCCAUUGAAAUUACAGAGAGACAUGCAGUGGUUCAGGGCAUUCCACUUGUGCAAGGCUCAGAUAAAUACUUCUGGUUUGGGCAUCCUCAGUUAGUUCUUCAUCUUAUUCACUUCGCUCUGUUUCAGAACUCAUUCCAAAUAACAUACUUUCUGUGGAUUUGGUAUGAGUUUGGGCUAAAAUCUUGCUUCCAUGAGAAUUUCGAGCUAGUCAUUGCCAAACUUGCUUUAGGGGUAGGAGUCCUAGUUUUAUGCAGCUACAUCACGCUUCCACUUUAUGCUCUUGUAGCUCAGAUGGGUUCCUAUAUGAAAAAAUCAAUCUUUGAUGAACAAACUUCCAAAGCCCUGAAGAAGUGGCAUAUGGCUGUGAAGAAAAAGCAGGGAAGGAAGUCUCCAACUAGAAGAUUGGGUGAUGCAAGUCCAACUGCUUCAGUGGCUUCAACUUUGCAUUCGACAGGGCCAGCACUACAUCGUUUCAAAACUACUGGUCACUCAACUCGCUCCUUCACAUAUGAGGACCAGGAGGCGUCUGACUUGGAAACUGACCCAUCAACUCCUGUGACGAACAAGUUAAUGAUUACAGUUGAUCACGAUACACGCAAUGAGCUGAAUGUACCCAAUGAUGCAGAAGAAAUCAAGAACGAUAAUGACUUGUCAUUUAUGAAGCCAUCCCCCAAAGAGAUGAACAUCUAGGAGACUAUGAUGUCGCUCUGCUGGCUGUUGUAAUUGUUUCUGCCAGUUCAGCCGAUCUACUCAGCUUGGUUCGAGACUUUUGAGUACUUCUUUUACAUGUAUGAUAAGAGCAUCUUUUAUGCUGGAAAGCAGGUUAGGUUUGAUGGAGCUGCAAUCCUUGUAUAUUAGCAUUCAUGGGCCACAAUUAAUGCAGUAGUCUGAAAGAACGUCCUGAUUGCCCACAUUGCUAAACAACUCGUGAUGGUUAGCUAAAUGUGGUUGGUUCCUCGAUUUAGACAGGAAGGACUUCGUUUAUGCGCAGCAUCCCAAACUUUUGAGGUAAAACAGGAAAUUGAACUUUUGAUGUAUUUUCACGCAACUGCUCUGCAAAGAGAUUAAAAUCCCACCUUCCUUGUCGAACGAUGGGCGGGUUGAAAGAGACUUCAAUUCGUUCAGACGACUAG